AUGCAGUUGAAAGCAAUCACAGUUAUUGGAAUCGUAUUCUUGGCACUUACAGAAGCCAACAAUAAGAACCCGCUAUACUCAUCAGGAUGCAAGGGAGAUUCUUGUCCGAAACCAAAGGAUUACUUUCAAGACAACAAGAAAUUUCGUCCCACCUCCUGCCUUGAUUAUUUGCUGAAGGGCGCAUCCGCCUGUGGAAUGUACCGCCUCUACGACUCUUCCGGCAACAGUUUCCCAGCAUACUGUGAAUUCAAGUCCGAGCCUGGUUUUGCAUGGACCCUGGUGAUGUCCUGGGCUAAUAAAAAUCGUGCCUGGUCUGCCUUCCGGAGUACUCCCUUCAAGGUAAACUCUCCUGUGAACGAGAAUUCCCUUAUCUGGAAUAUGUACCGCCUGAGUCUGACUCGAAUGAGGUCCCUACAAGCCCACUCCACUCACUGGCGAGCAACUUGCAGCUACCCGACCCAUGGCAUCGAUUUUACAGACUAUAUCCGCGGUAACUUCAAGGACUUUAAUAUUGUCGACUUUAUUGGGUCUGGUCAGUGCAAGAAGGUGGAGUUCGCGAAUAUCCGUGGGCACAGUGGCUUGCAACUCACCGUACGCUUUUGGCAAGGGGCUAAAAGCCACCUUUUGCAUACGGACAGCAGUUCAUCCGGCUGUAACUUCAACGCGAGGUCCGGCUCAGUGUCAAAUGAAGAUAACUUUGGUUAUUAUAAUACCAUCAACCCCAAGUUCCGUUGCACAGCGGGGGAUCUUUCCACCACCCAGUGGUGGUUUGGAGCACAUCUGUGAGCUAUAUGUCCAAGGGUCUUUUAGACGACACAAGACAAGGAUCUCAACACUCAUGUAAUCAGUUGAUCAUGAACUAGAUUUAGCAAA